UUGACAAUCAAAAUGGGUUCAUUUUAUGUAUUGUGUAUCUUAAGUUUAGUACUUAUUAUUGGUAGUAGUGAAGUUGCACAUGGCCAAGACUCCGCAGACGAUUACGUGAACGCCCACAACGCAGCAAGAUCAGCAGUAGCACUUGACGGUUUCAGUAUUCCAAAUAUUCUUUGGAAUGCCACUGCUGCUGAAGCUGCCCAGGACUAUGUUAAUCAACACAAAGACUGUAAGGUGGACGUGUCCGUUGGUAAGGGUGAUAUAUUCGCUUACGGAAAGAAUAUCGCGGUGAGCACGAAGAACAUAAGUGGUGCGGAUGCAGUGAAAUUGUGGGUGGAUGAAAAACCAUAUUAUGAUCACUAUGGAAACACAUGUCACCGUGGAGAAUGUCGUCAUUAUAUCCAGGUGGUUUGGUCUAAAUCACUAGAACUUGGAUGUGCUAAAGUGAGAUGUGAUAAUGGAGGCACACUCGUUGCUUGCAUUUAUACACCUCCUGCCACCGGUGGUAGUGAAUCACCAUACUAAGGGUUUCAUUAUUUGCUCAUCAUCAUCAUUUAUUUAUAACUUAUACUAAGUUGUGUGUUGUAAUGUCUCCAGAUAAUAAA